AGGUUUAUAACUUUACAAUUAUUAUGUUUACUAUUACUUGCCUUGAUAUCAUCCCAGGUUACCUUCAGCAAGGACUGGAAGGGUGGGAAGAGGAACGCCCCUACUUAUGUGGACUGUGGACCUUUUACCAAAUUAUGCAAACGAUUCAUUCAUGAUUUGAAGCAAGUGGUGUCUGCAGACUUCAGACGCAAGCGGUUGGAGCCGGAAGACCUUCAGUUGUCUUAUGACGACGACAAAUAAGCGAUAAGUCUGUAACUAAACGAUGGCUGGUCGAAGAUUGUUGUACUUUUAACCAACUUGUAUA